CUCUGAUCCAAUUCAUCAUUAAAAAGGCAGCCAAACCAUGAUGUUCAAGCUUUCCACUCUUCCUCUUCUACUGUCAUGGCACUAUAUUCUCUUCAUGUUCUUCUUCUGCGCCUAUUUGAUGUUCUCUUCAUCCCUUGCUGGUAAUGAUGAAGCAAAUGCUCUAUUAAAGUGGAAAGCUAGCCUUGAUAACCAAAGCCAAGCUUCCUUGUCUUCUUGGAAUAAUGGCUCUAAUCCUUGCAAAUGCUGGAUAGGAAUUACCUGUGAUGAAUCCAUGUCCAUCUCCACCAUGAAUCUCUCAGGUUUUGAGCUAAAAGGUACUCUUCACAAUCUCAACUUGUCAUCUUUCCAUAAACUUCAAGUUUUAGAUAUCAGUUCCAACCAGUUUCAUGGAAAUGUUCCCACCAAAAUUGGUAACUUGUCCAGUAUUCUUUUGUUCAACAUCAGUCAUAAUUUCUUAGGUGGUUCUAUCCCUCAAGAAAUAGGGGCUUUGAGCACUUUAAAUCAUCUUGACAUGACUGUGUGUAAUCUCUCGGGGUCAAUUCCCACAGAAAUUGGGAACUUGAGGAAUUUGACUUUGUUAUCACUUCGUAAGAACUAUCUUUCUGGUUCUAUUCCUCAAGAAAUUGGAAUGUUGAGUAAUCUCAUGACGCUUGAUUUAUCAGAAAAUACUUUUUUAAAUGGAAGUAUCCCUUCCACAAUUGGAAAUUUGACCAGAUUGCAAAUUCUAAACCUCCAAUACAAUAGGCUCUCAGGUCUCAUACCUUCUGAAUUUGAGGAACUCCAUUCUCUUACCUACUUUUCAGCAGCAUAUAAUUAUUUGUACGGACCCAUCCCGCCUUUCUUUGGAAACCAUACAAAUCUCACUUCGUUGAUUUUGUGGGCUAACAGACUUCAUGGAUCAAUUCCUUCUUCUUUGGGAAAUUUGAUCAAUCUAGAAGCCCUUUUCCUUGGAAAUAAUAGUCUUUUUGGUCCUAUUCCUGCUUCCUUUGGAAAUUUGACAAAACUUAAAUCCCUAGGAUUGGGUAUGAACAAACUCAAUGGUAGCAUUCCCAUGGAGAUGAAUAAAAUUACCAACUUGAGUAUGUUACUCCUAUUUGAGAAUAAUUUUGUUGGCCAUUUGCCACAAAAUGUUUGCCUUGGUGGAUCAUUAGAAACCUUUGCUGCUUUUGCAAACAAAUUCACUGGUCAGAUUCCAAGAACCUUGAAAAAUUGCUCAAGUCUUCUUAGACUAAGACUUGAAGAUAACCAACUAGUUGGAAACAUAAGUGAUUUUGGUGAAUACCCAAAUUUAAAAUUCAUUGAUCUAAGUGGUAAUGAGUUCUAUGGUCAACUUUCUCCCAACUGGGGCAAGUGCCAAAAUCUCACGACCCUAAAGAUUUCCAAUAAAAACCUCUCAGGUGCUAUGCCUCUUGAGCUAGGAGAUGCAAUCGAUCUUGGUGAAAUCAUGCUCUCAUCAAAUCACUUGACUGGAGAAAUUCCAAAGGAAUUGGGGAAGUUAAAAUCAUUGAAUAGACUCCUUCUAAGUCAUAACAGACUGUCAGGUAAUGUUCUUAUAGAAAUAGGAUCACUAAAUGAGCUUGAGGAAUUAAAGUUGGAUGCAAAUGAUUUCAUUGGCUCCAUCCCAAAGGAGCUUGUUGGAAGCUUGCACAAGCUAUGGCUCUUGAAUUUGAGCAAAAAUAAGCUUAAAGGAAGCAUUCCUUCAGAGUUUGGUCAAUUACAAGCUUUACAAGAGCUUGACCUAAGUGAGAAUGUGUUGGGAGGAAGAAUACCAGCAACACUUGGAACAUUAAAGAUGUUGGAAAUAUUAAACCUCUCACAUAAUAUUCUCUCUAACACCAUUCCCUCUAGUUUUGAAGGAAUGACAAGCUUGUCAUCCAUUGACAUAUCAUUCAACCAGCUAGAGGGCUCACUUCCAAACAUUCCAGCCUUUCGAAACAUCACAUUUGAAGCAGUGAGGAACAACACGAGUUUAUGUGGUAAUGUUACGGGUUUACAAUUUUGCGAAGGCCUACAUUAUCAUAAGAAUAAAAUACCCCAAUUUUUGAUGCCACUGCUACUUUGUUUGUUUGCUCUAGUGCUAGUAGACGUUGGAAUUUCAUGUAUUAUGAUUCAAACCUCAGAAAACAAAAGGUCAAUAUCAAAAGGCACUUACUCUAGCUUCUUUCUCUAUAUGGGGCUUUGA